UACCUUUUAUUAAUAAUUUUAUUCAUUACCAUACAAGUUUGGACUUUUUUUAUAAGAUUAUAAAUACAUAAUAUAAUUUAUAUUUUCGAUGAUUUGAAUAUUACAUCUAGUCAUACAUUUAUUCUAUAUCGAUAAAACUUGAGAGAGUUUUUAAUUAAUAUCAAAAUAUUUAUGUUAUUAGGAAGUGACCGUCUAUAGCCCACAUUUUUAAAUAGGGAAGCUUAAAGUCACGCAAUUAUCAUAUUUAUCCCGAUAUCUAGAAACACACUUUCUCGAACAUGAGGGUAACCCGCAGAUUUUGAAGUUGGUCGACUGAACCAUUCGAGUUUCUCUUCACUUUUGAAUCGAUCGCAGUAAAGCGAGGAUGAGCUCCUUAAUCGCCUUAUUUUCAAUCGUCAUUCUUUAUGGUAGAGAAGUCUAUUGCGAUGACAUCACGAAGACGCUCAAACCCGAGAAUACGAUGAUUUUGAAGAAAAAUGAUAGUCAUCCCUUGCAAAAAGAAACAUUGUGGUCAAGUUUGUUAUCGAAGCGACUGGAAUCAAUGAAUAUCAAAAAUACGGAAAAGCAUGAAAACAAUAAAAUAAAUACUAUGGAAAUGUUUAACAAGCGGAAGUCGAAAUUCUUAGGAAGUCUAGCUUUUCUAGCCGGACUUGGUUUUGGUGGACUCGCUGGUGCUGCUUCAUCAACUGUGAAAGCCUAUGCAAAGUUUCCUCAAGCCGCAAUAGCGAUGAACUUUGUUCCUUCGAAACAAGGGCCUUAUUUAGCUGCUUACUACGAUCCUUAUCCUUUUGUACCUCAUCCUUAUCUGUAUCAUGCUCCUUUGGGAUUCUAUCCUUUCAUGGAUCCUUUGAAACUUCAAUCCCUCAUUGGUGGAUCGUCUCAACAAAAUGGAGCUGAUCGUCCGGAUCAAAUUAUUACUGUAUUCGACGACAAGCGACCUUCUGAUUCUGAUGAUAGUGAGGAAGAAUAUAUAGUGGAAAAAAAGAAAAUAGAUAAAUCAAAAAAAUCUUCAAGUCGUCUCGAAAAUCGUGUCGAAAGUGCGGAAUCUCUUAUUGGUAGCGAUAGAAGAACAGAAGGAGAGAUGACGAACCAAAUUGUUACGUGUGAAACACAAAAGAAAUUUGAGGAAGAAGUAGAUAAUGUAUCGACGAAAGAUUCUAUGAUGUACGAUUUCGAAGAUCUUCAAGAAGAUGCCGAUAACUCGAGAGCGUCUACGAACAGAAAAAAAACUCAAGCGAACAAUUCAACAACUUCUAGGCCAGACAGUAAUUUUACUACAAGACGUGAUCAUACACCUAGACCUACUCACACACAUGCUUCAACUCCUACCACUACCAACUUAACCGUAGAAAAUUCAACGAUGGAAAAUAAUACAACUUUUUCGCCAUUUUUUGGUUAUUACGAUGGUAAUCCACAAAACAUAGAAAACAUUGAUCUCACUUCUGAUAUGUUACCACCCACUUAUCAGGAACCUAAUCCAAUCAAUUAUCAUUUACCGUAUGAAAGACCUGCCAAUUUUUAUUCCGAUGAGAGAUACAAUUUCUAUUCAAAUUCCUUCCCAAAUUCGUAUCCUUCCGGACCAUUCUUCUCCGAACAUCUAUCAGAUUAUUCGACCAACGAUUUCGAUCGAUAUGUAUAUCCGCCUGAUAAUAAUUCUCCGACAUACGUCAAUCAGUUUAAACCUAUAAAGUAUAACUAAUUUCAUUUAUACAUAUAUACGUAUACAUUCACAGACCACGCAGAAUAUUUAUCUUUUUAUUAAAAAUAUGAUACCACCGAAUGAAUGUUCAGUUUUAAUU